AUGGGAGUAGCUGAAGUUUUGGAUCAAACCCUGUGCGAUUAUGUGUCCACCUUAAGGUUUUCAGCUUUGUUCUUUUCCAUAUUAAGUGGUCUGUGCUUAAUAUUCACUUUGGUUAUCUUCAAUCUGUGGAAAUGGAAAGAAGGUCCCACAUAUGAGAAAAACAAUCGCAUAGAUGGCAAAGUGGUCAUAGUCACCGGCUGCAAUACAGGUAUUGGAAAAGAAACUGCUCUGGAAUUGGCUAGAAGAGGAGCUCGUGUUUAUAUGGCCUGUCGUGAUAGCCAAAAAUGUGAAGAGGCUCGUCAGGAAAUCAUGGAAAUCUCAGGCAAUCAAAAUGUCUUUAAUCGUACGCUGGAUUUGAGUUCACUAAAAUCGGUGCGUAAAUUUGCCCAAGACUUCAAGGAAGAAGAACAAAGGCUGGAUAUACUCAUCAAUAAUGCAGGUAUCAUGGCCACCCCUCGUAAGCUAACUGUGGAUGGCUAUGAACAACAAUUUGCUGUCAACCAUUUGGGUCAUUUCCUUUUGACCAAUUUGCUGUUAGAGCGAUUAAAAGCUGCUGCUCCCAGCCGUGUUGUGGUGGUCUCUUCUUGGAUGUAUGCCAUUGGGAAUAUACAAAAGGAGGAUAUUAACAGUGAAAAGAGUUACAAUGAUUUUCGAGCCUAUAGCCAAAGCAAAUUGGCCAAUGUAUUGUUCACCCAUAAACUGGCUCAAAUGCUCCACGGUUCUGGAGUUGCUGUGAAUUGUCUACAUCCGGGUUCGGUGCAAACUGAGUUGUUUCGUAACAACAGUUUUUUGGGAUUUUUCAGCCGCCUGGGCAAGAUUUGUUUACGCUCAACCAAAGGUGGAGCCCAGACUUCCCUAUUUUUGGCCUUGGAUCCACAAAUGGCGCAGAAAACUGGUGGCUAUUAUGAUCGCAUGACUUUACAAACAGUGGUGGCCAAGGCUCGUGAUGAUGAAAUGGCCGAUUGGCUGUGGCGGCAAAGUGCCAAGAUGGUGGGGUUGCAGGAAGGUGCUUAG